AUGACAACGUAUGUCUAUCAUCAGACGCCAUCUGCACCAGUUCAGUAUCCAGCAGUUUCGAAUGGUCCUCCUCCAGCAGUACCUGCUCGAUUUGACUUAACUCAACAGUCACAGAGUGAUACCCUUUUAGAAAAACCUGUAGCACCAAAACGUAAUGAUGAGCCAUCAUAUCGUACACCUGUUAUCGAUGCUGAAUCAAGAAGGAAUGAAUAUACAUAUAAUUAUAAUGGCUAUGCAAGCAAGAAGACGAUUGGGCAAGUCUUUUUCUUGAUUGCUUUAUUGACAAGCAAUGCCAUGCAAAUGCGAACAUUAAUAUUACAAAAACAACGCGAUCAAAUUUGGACUGCAUCUCUUGUAUUUGUUUGCGUAUCGAUUAUAUUUCAAUGUGGUUUAGCUGUUAUCCUAUAUAUUCUUGGCAAAGGCGAUAUUACAAAACGGCAAUCACAAACUAAACUAGCUCUAUACAAUAUUGCUGCAUUAGCUAUUAUUGGAAUUAUAGCCUUAAUUAAUAUUAUUCUCAAUAUACUAAUGUUAACAAUAAAUCCAAAACAUUUUCUGGACACGCGAUCAUUAGAAUUAUUACAAAAUCAAAAUUAA